AUGGCACUAGAUGGAAAGAUAAAUCUUCUUUUGACGGAAGAUCUUUCUCCACAUAAGAUCACAUUGCUUUUUUUGACUGAAAUAUACAGUUUAAGAGAGAUUCCAGAAGAAAGAACGAGACCAGUUCUCCAAGUGAUAUUAAGCUAUUUCGAGAACGAAACAACUUAUGAUGAAGGUAAUAAUAUAUGCAUUGUUCCCACAUUAGUGGAUCUUUUAUUUAAUUUGAGAAAAACUAUUCUAGAGGACCUGAGUGAAGGCGACGAGGUUGUUACAAGAGAUAUUGAUAUAAUACAGAAACUUCUAUUAAGAUCAGCAUGGAGUAUUAAUUCUGUUGAGGAUUUAGAUGCCCGUAUGCAGAGGCUCAGAAAUAUGUUGAUAGAUCCUCUGAUAGUAUUCAGCGAGCCUAUUGCAAAGAUGAAACGGAUAUCCUCACGUUCAUUCUUGGGAGCGUUAGGCCAUAAACUUUUGACUGCGUUUCAAGUCUUGAAAUUCGAUGAAAUUUUUCUUCUAUUCGAGUCUUUUAUAGAUUACAGAGAGAUUUCCAGAGACCUAUAUCUUUCGAUCGGUGGUGUGGUUAAGAAUACGGCCUUUGCAUCAGAAGCAACCAGGUUAAAUGCAAAAAAUCAAGACACGCAAUUGUUUGCAGAACUCAACCUGAUGUUAUCUGAUUCAAUAGGUACCACUGUGCCAAUAUCACAUCAGUCUUCCUUCAAUAACAAUACCCGAUUAAUUUCGGUUCCAAAGCAUGAUUUACAAGGUUUGCUAGAUAGACAGAUUCAUUUAUUAGAAGCGUAUGGUGUUGAAACGCCUCAAUCGCUCAAAGAGAUCAUGAAGAUGAUGACAUCGCCCAACUCUUACAGCUGCCUGAUACAAAACAUAAACUUCAAUAAUCUUCCUUCAUAUUAUUAUAUCAAAUAUUUGGAAAACUUGCAUGAUUCAAAUUACAAUGGAGCUUUUGAAGCUUUACAUCAGUAUUUUGAUUACAUGGUUUCGAGUAAUUCGAAAUAUUUUUAUCAUUUUGCGCUUAUAUCAAGGGCAUCUUUGCACCAGUUUUUUGGAGAAGACGAGAAGGCUCUUGAUGCGAUAGAGGAGGCCAUUUCCGUGGCAAGAGAGAAUAAAGAUAAUUCCACUCUCACAUAUAUUUUAUCAUGGCUCUUUAAUUUCAUGAAGAAUAAGCCAGAAUUAUGGAGAAAACAAAAAUUUUAUAAUAAUAAUGAUGCAUACCAGCUUUUGAAUUUCUUGACACAGAAAUCACAUCAAGUGUCGCUUCUGUUAUAUUCUAUGAGUUAUGGUUUUGAAACUUUGCAGCUAAUGGAUAGUGGCGCUCCCAUGGCCAGAUAUUUGGAGAGCUUAAUGAAGGGUAUGUAUAUUUCUAUCAAUGACCUGAUCCCAUCGUUUGUUAAGUUGACAGAAAUUUCGACUACUGUAUGGAGCAGGAUUGGGGCUCCACAUUUAAGUGAAGCAUAUAAUGAAAUAUCCCUUGGAAAAUCUGACAAUGAAAACGAUAAACUUUCUAUUUUAAUAAGAUCCAACUAUUUAAAAUUUUUGAAAGGAAAUACUGAAAUUGGACUAAAGAAUCUUGAGAAUUUGAAACUCUCUGUCAAAAAUAAUAAUGCCUUAUUCAAUAUGAUCCAAAUAAGAAGCUUAAUAAUUUUGAUUAAAUUGAACUUGCUUAAGGGGAGAUCGAAGGCAGCUAAAGAGAUAAUCCAAAUAUUAUUAAGCAACGAUAUUAAAGAAAUUGAAUUGAAGAAUGAGUUGGCUUUGGUUAACGUUGAAGUUGAGAUAGCAUUAGGUAAUUAUUCGAAGGCAUUGAGCAUCAUUGCAGAUCGCUUAAAACUGGGAAGUUCAAGUGUAUACUUCGAUAUUUCACUCAAUCUUCUCAAAUGCAAAAUAUUUAAUGUAAGUGGAUGCCAUUCAAGGGCUUUGUCUUUGACAAUGCAACAAAUACAAAAAGGUAAAAAGAUUGGUCUUUAUACCGUUAUAGCGGAAGGCGUAGUUAUACUCAUUUCUCUUUUGAACAAUAUGUGUUAUUAUAAGGAUGCGUAUCAACUAUUACUUGAGGCAAUGCCAUUGAUCAUCUUUGUCAAUAUCAAAGAUCUUACUUCUUGUGCAUAUUAUGAAUUCGCUAGAACAUGUAUGAACUUAUUCCGGUUAUCCAAAGGCGACAACUCCUUAUUUAACAAGGUACUCAAAUUUCUUAACCUAAGUAUAGUGGGUUUUAAAAGUUCUUCCAACUUGAUUAUGCUUACGAAAUGCUUCGAGCUUGAGCAGGAAUUGGCUCGUCUUAAGAAGGAAGAUGCAUUGUUGGAACAUUCUAGAUUAUCAAUCGAAAAGCUUGAGAUAAGAGCUAUUGAAGAAUCAAAUUAUGGGUUCGUAAUCAAAAAAUGA